CAGCUAAGGUGUACAUUGAGAUUCAGGAUGAAAACGAUCACCCCCCAGUGUUCCAGAAGAAAUUCUACAUUGGAGGUGUGUCUGAAGACGCGAGGAUGUUCACGUCUGUGCUCAGAGUGAAGGCCACUGACAGGGACACAGGAAAUUAUAGCGCCAUGGCCUACAGACUCAUCAUACCGCCGAUUAAAGAAGGCAAAGAGGGGUUUGUGGUGGAAACAUACACGGGGCUCAUCAAGACAGCCAUGCUCUUCCACAAUAUGAGAAGAUCCUACUUCAAGUUUCAAGUGAUUGCAACCGACGACUACGGGAAGGGGUUGAGCGGCAAAGCGGACGUACUGGUCUCCGUGGUCAAUCAACUGGAUAUGCAGGUCAUUGUCUCCAAUGUGCCCCCUACAUUAGUGGAAAAGAAGAUAGAAGAUCUUACAGAGAUUUUGGAUCGCUAUGUUCAGGAACAAAUUCCUGGUGCCAAAGUUGUGGUAGAGUCCAUUGGUGCCCGGCGCCAUGGAGACGCCUUCUCCCUAGAAGACUAUAGCAAGUGUGACCUGACCGUCUAUGCCAUCGACCCUCAGACCAACAGAGCCAUCGACAGAAAUGAGCUUUUUAAGUUCCUGGACGGCAAACUGCUUGAUAUCAAUAAAGACUUCCAGCCGUAUUACGGGGAAGGAGGACGCAUCCUGGAGAUUCGGACUCCCGAAGCAGUGACGAGCAUCAAGAAGCGAGGAGAGAGCUUGGGGUACACAGAAGGGGCCUUGCUGGCCUUGGCCUUCAUCAUUAUCCUCUGCUGCAUCCCAGCCAUCUUGGUCGUCUUAGUGAGCUACCGACAACGCCAGGCUGAGUGCACGAAGACCGCAAGGAUUCAGUCUGCUAUGCCUGCAGCCAAGCCUGCAGCUCCAGUACCUGCUGUGCCCCCACCGCCGCCUCCGCCACCACCUCCAGGAGCGCAUCUCUACGAAGAACUAGGAGAGAGCGCCAUGGGAGGCUUUGCACCAGAGCAUCAACUGCUGAGACCUUCUCUUCUUAAACCGGAGGAGUUAUCCAUGGAAUCUGGGAUUGACCCUGGCCAGGAAUAUGGACAAGAUUAUUACAGUUUUGAGCAUGGGUAUGAGAUGCCCCAGUAUGGAAGUCGCCGCCGACUGCUGCCACCUGCUGGACAGGAGGAAUACGGCGAAGUCAUUGGUGAAGCUGAAGAGGAGUAUGAAGAGGAAGAGUGGGCAAGAAAAAGAAUGAUCAAGUUGGUGGUCGAUCGGGAGUAUGAGAGCAGCUCCACUGGGGAGGACAGCGCUCCUGAGUCGCAGAGAAGCAGAACCCACAAGCCCAGUGGCCACAGCAAUGUCAACGGCAACAUCUACAUCGCGCAGAAUGGCUCGGUAGUGAGAACGCGCCGUGCCUGCAUCGCUGAUAACUUGAAGGUGCCCUCCCCUGUGUUCCUUGGGAGGCACCGGAAGAAAUUAGACAAGUUGGCAGGGACACAUGAGGAGAACGUGCCCCUGAACACACUGUUCAAGGGGCCGUUUGCCACAGAGAAAGUGAAAAGAACCCCAACUCUGGUCACAUUUGCCCCGUGCCCUGUGGUACCAGAGCACUCGGCCGCGAAGCCAUCAGGGACCAGGCUGAAAAACACAGCUGAGCAGGAGUCCAUGGUAGACAGUAGGCUCUCCAGAGAGCCGAUGGAAUUCCACGGUGACAACACACCAUCAGAGGAGGAGCAGCUCUGGAUGGGUCCGUGGAACAGCCUCCAUAUACCAAUGACAAAACUCUGACCAAUAAAAAAACAAAUAACUUCGUUUUUACUUGUUUUUAAUGAACUCUGCUUUUUAUGAUCACAAAAAUCACCAUAUGGGGUUUAUCCCAUGUGCACAACCUAACACUUGGAACGAUCUGCUUUACAAUAAAAAAGAAAGAGAGAUAUCAUUUGUAUGAAUUAAUUGUUAGCCCAGAAAAACCUUUAUGGACAGACUGAAUUCGCUAAAUAACAUCACUUCAAACUCUGGUUGUCUGGUUGGACCUUGAAUAAGUUUUCAUUGUAAUAAACACGGAAUAACUUAGUAGAAA